UAGACUACGUCGUUUUGCCCCAAAUCGUUCGCACAAAAUGGGGCAAAAAUGACAAGAAUUCAGAAACAAUAGCAAGGACUCCAAUCGAACUUCCAUUGAAGCAACAAGAAGCGUAUUGUUCAUUUGUUGAAGAUGGUGAAAGUUGCAACGUUCUUUGCUAUGUCAUUUGGCGCCUUCCUUUUCUGGCAAACUAUGGACAAAGUCCAUGUCUGGAUUGCCCUUCACCAGGAUGAAAAGAAGGAGAGAAUGGAGAAAGAGGCUGAGAUAAGGAGAAUGAGAGAGGAGCUCUAUCAACAACAAAGAGAGAGGGACUCUCUUGCCUAAGUUGCUGAGAAAACGGAUUGUCUUCGCAGCUAGAACAGCCUAUCUUCUUCCUCUGUCUUUUUGAAUUGUAACCAUCUUGCUGGACUUGAUUCAGAUAAAGUGUGGAUCUUGUACCAAGCAUAUGAUUGACACUGAUAUACUUUGGUCCGUACUUUUAAGCAGUUCUUAGGAGAUAGGGAUGGGUGUUAAGUUUUAUGCUCAUUUUAGUUGCUUUUAGCAUGGUAAAUAAUACCAUCUGUUGGUCUUGGUUGGUUGAGCCAUGUUUUAGUCUAGAAACCAUCUUCAUAUAUUCAAUGAACUUGUAUGGUUCCCAUUCAUGGAUCUA